AUGGCCUUGCUGGGGAAGCGCUGUGACAUGCCUGCUAACGGCUGCGGGUCUGACCGCUGGAACACUGCCAUCGCCCGCAAAGACGAGAUCAUCACCAGCCUUGUGUCUGCCUUAGAUUCCAUGUGCUCUGCCCUCUCCAAACUGAACGCGGAGGUGGCCUGCGUUGCUGUGCACGAUGAGAAUGCCUUCGUGGUGGGCACUGAGAAGGGGAGAAUGUUCUUGAACGCUCGCAAGGAGCUGCAGUCAGACUUCCUCAGGUUCUGCCGAGGGCCCCCAUGGAAGGACCCAGAGGCAGAGCACCCCAAAAAGGUUCAGCGGGGUGAGGGCUGUGGCCGGAGCAUCCCAAGGACCUCCCUGGAGCACGGCUCGGACGUGUAUCUUCUGCGGAAGAUGGUAGAGGAGGUGUUUGAUGUUCUUUAUAGUGAGGCCCUGGGCAAGGCCAGUGUGGUGCCGCUGCCCUACGAGCGGCUACUCAAGGAGCCCGGGCUGCUGGUUGUACAGGGGCUGCCCGAGGGCCUGGCCUUCCGGAGGCCGGCCGAGUAUGACCCCAAAGCUCUCAUGGCCAUUCUGGAACACAGCCACCGAAUCCGCUUCAAACUCAAGAGACCCCUUGAAGAUGGUGGGCGGGACUCCAAGGCCCUGGUGGAGCUGAAUGGAGUCUCUGUGAUACCCAAGGGCUCACGGGACUGUGGCCUGCAUGGCCCGGCCCCCAAGGUGCCACCCCAGGACCUGACCCCCACCGCCACCUCCUCCUCCAUGGCCAGCUUCCUGUACAGCUCCACACUCCCCAACCACGCCAUCCGAGAGUUCAAGCAGGAGACACCCACCUGCCCACCGGUACCCAGUGACCUGGGCCUGGGCCGGGCCGGGCCAGAGCCCAAGGUCCCUGGUACCCAGGACUUCCCUGACUGCUGUGGACAGAAGCCCCCCGGGACUGGCGGGCCUCUCAUUCAGAAUGUCCACGCCUCCAAGCGUAUCCUCUUCUCCAUCGUCCACGAUAAGUCGGAGAAGUGGGACGCCUUCAUCAAGGAGACUGAGGACAUCAACACGCUCCGCGAGUGUGUGCAGAUCCUCUUUAACAGCAGAUAUGCGGAAGCUCUGGGCCUGGACCACAUGGUCCCCGUCCCCUACAGGAAGAUCGCCUGCGACCCCGAGGCUGUGGAGAUUGUGGGCAUCCCAGACAAGAUCCCCUUCAAGCGCCCCUGCACGUAUGGGGUCCCCAAGCUGAAGCGGAUCCUGGAGGAGCGGCACAGUAUCCACUUUAUCAUCAAGAGGAUGUUUGAUGAGCGAAUUUUCACAGGGAACAAGUUUACCAAAGACACCACGAAGCUGGAGCCAGCCAGCUCGCCUGAAGACAACUCUGCAGAGGCUACGCGUGGGGCAGUUCUCAACCUAGCCACAACUGCUCGGUCAGACAAGGGCAGCAUCUCCGAGGACGGUGGGCCAGGACCCUCCGGGGAGCUUGGUGGGCUGAGGCCCAUCAAAAUUGAGCCUGAGGACCUGGACAUCAUUCAGGUCACCAUUCCGGACCCUUCACCAACCUCAGAGGAAAUGACAGACUCGAUACCUGGGCACCUGCCCUCCGAAGAUUCCGGUUAUGGGAUGGAGAUACUGGCUGACAAAGGCACCAGUGAGGACCUGCGGCCAGAGGAGAGGCCCAUGGAGGACAGCCACGGCGAUGUGAUCCGGCCCUUGCGCAAGCAGGUGGAGUUGCUCUUCAACACGAGAUACGCCAAGGCCAUUGGCAUCUCAGAACCAGUCAAGGUCCCCUACUCCAAGUUCCUGAUGUACCCUGAGGAGCUGUUCGUGGUAGGGCUGCCCGAAGGCAUCUCCCUCCGCAGGCCCAACUGCUUUGGAAUCGCAAAACUCCGCAAGAUCCUGGAGGCCAGCAACAGUAUCCAGUUUGUCAUCAAGAGGCCCGAGCUGCUCACCGAGGGCAUCAAAGAGCCUGCCACAGAAAGUCAAGAGAGGGACUCCGGGGACCCUCUUGUGGACGAGAGCCUGAAGAGACAGGGCUUCCAAGAAAAUUAUGACGCCAGGCUGUCACGGAUCGACAUCGCCAACACGCUGAGGGAGCAAGUCCAAGAUUUGUUCAAUAAGAAAUAUGGAGAAGCCUUGGGAAUCAAGUACCCGGUCCAGGUCCCCUACAAGCGCAUCAAGAGCAACCCCGGCUCCGUCAUCAUUGAGGGGUUGCCCCCGGGAAUCCCCUUCCGGAAACCCUGCACCUUUGGCUCCCAGAACCUAGAGAGGAUCCUGGCGGUGGCUGACAAGAUCAAGUUCACCGUCACCAGGCCUUUUCAAGGACUCAUCCCCAAGCCGGAUGAAGAUGAUGCCAACAGGCUAGGCGAGAAGGUGAUUCUUCGGGAGCAAGUGAAGGAGCUCUUCAAUGAAAAAUAUGGUGAGGCCCUGGGUCUGAACCGGCCUGUGCUGGUCCCUUACAAGCUGAUCCGGGACAGCCCGGACGCUGUUGAAGUCACAGGCCUACCUGAUGACAUCCCUUUCCGGAACCCCAACACGUACGACAUUCACCGGCUGGAGAAGAUUCUGAAGGCCCGCGAACAUGUGCGCAUGGUCAUCAUUAACCAGCUCCAACCUUUCGCAGAAAUCUGCAAUGACACCAAGGUGCCAGCCAAAGACAGCAGCAUUCCCAAGCGCAAGCGGAAGCGGGUUUCCGAAGGAAAUUCUGUCUCCUCGUCUUCCUCGUCUUCCUCCUCGUCCUCCUCAAACCCAGAGUCAGUGGCAUCAACCAACCAGAUUUCACUCGUGCAGUGGCCAAUGUACAUGGUGGACUAUGCCGGACUCAACGUGCAGCUCCCGGGACCUCUUAAUUACUAG